UUCUUUUUCAAACUAUUCGGGUGCCGGUUGUUUGGUUUACGUUUUUGGUGAAUUUGUUUACAUUUGGUUUGUUGAUGUUUCGUUAAUUUGAUUGAAUCGAAAAUGAUAAAAACAUUAAUUAGGUUGAUUUAUCGGUUAAUCAAGAAGGAUAAAGUUCCUGUGGUGUUUAUAUUUGGUCCAACUGGUGUUGGUAAGACUAAAUUGUCCAUUGAAUUGGGUAAACAUUUUAACUCUGAAAUAAUAUCAGCUGAUUCUAUGCAGCUUUAUAAGGAUCUCAAUAUAAUUACUAAUAAAGUUACCGAACAAGAGAAACAAGGAAUCAAUCAUCAUCUAAUAGAUUUCGCUGAUCCACUUCAUCCUUUUACUAUUGUUGAUUUUAGAAAUCGUGCCUUACCAAUCAUUGAUGAGCUGAUUGCGUGCCAAAGGAUACCAAUAAUCGCUGGAGGAACAAUGUAUUAUGUGGAGAGUCUUCUUUAUGAAAUAUUGAUUGAACCUGAUAAACGUGGAGACAAUUUGGUUAUUGAUGAUGAUGAAGAGCAAUUAAGAGGGAUGAUUGAUUCAGGAUUUGUUUACGAUGAUUCAAUUACAGCAAGUGAACUAUUUGCCCGACCAAUUUUACCUAAGGCUCUUAGAUCAGUUUCUUCGGAAGUUCUUCACUCAAUUCUGGCCUCAGUUGAUCCCGAAGGUGCGGCUAGUUUACUUGCCAAUUCAAAGCGAAAAAUAAUUCGAAGUCUUCAAGUUUACCAGCAAACUGGAAGGAAACACUCAGAUUGGAUUAAAGAGCAAAGAUCCAAAGGUGGAAAUAGAUUCGGUGGUCCAUUACGUUAUCCUAAUUCCAUUAUACUCUAUCUUACCUGUGAUGAAACAGUUCAUAAUAAAAGGUUAGAUGAACGAGUUGAUCAAAUGAUUGAACAAGGAUUGAUUGAUGAAUUAAUCAAGUUCCAUGAAAACUAUAACUUGACACGAUUAGAGCAAAAACAAGUUGCUGAUUACACUGAAGGCAUUUUCCAAUCAAUUGGAUUCAAAGAGUUUCAUGAUUACCUCAUGUUAGAUUGUGAUGAGAAAGCAACAGAAAAAGGUGAAAAACUAUUGAAUUCAAGUAUUGAGAGACUUAAAUUGGUAACUCGUAGAUACGCUAGGAAGCAAAAGAAAUGGAUUAAGAAUCGAUUCAUUAAUGCAACUGAUAGACCGACACCCGAUAUUUUUCAAUUAGAUACAACUGACCUUUCUCAAUGGGAUGACCAAGUGAAAAACAGAGCAAUUGAGAUAAUCAAUCUAUUUAGUCAUUAUCAAUCUUAUCCGAAAAAUUUGACACCAAUUAGGAAAAGUAUAUUCAUUUGAUGAAACAAAUUCAACAAAUAAAAUCUGAAUGUUGAUUAACAGUA